CUGCGGCUCGUGUUCCUCUCUGUAGACAAGGACGCGUCGGGUACGGUGGAGAAGAAGGAGCUCAUCGAUCACAUGGAGCGGCUGGACAAGCAGUUGAGCCGAGCUGAGAUUGAAAACCUCGUCAAGUUCAUCGACAAGGACGGCGACGGCGAGCUGACGCUGGAGGAGCUC